GGCAGAUACAUUUCACCAAAUUCAUCAAGCUCACCCAUUUCACCCAUUUCACCCAGUUUUUAUCUGUUAUUGGCUUUCUGAAAUUGGAUUUUCAUCUUCAUCUUCCUGUCUUGUGGCGUUCUCAAGACACAGUCAUUCAAUUCUAAUUUCAAUAGACGGACUCGGAUCAACAAUUGACUACCGCGGCCGUUCACAUUUCCACAUACAGUCGAGCACAUCAACUCAACUCCAUAGCAUAGAGAAACGAUAAUCCACAACAACUUUAAUUCAACUCUUGCACGUAUCCCACGUAUUCAGAAACUUUGAUAAACCAUUUGUCAAAUCAUCUCCACUUCGUUCAUCAUGGGUCUCGUCAAGAAUCUCCUUCACUUUUCUGUCCACCCAAAUCAGCUGAGAGCAAUCUUACAAUGGAAGCUAUGGCACGACCCAGUUCACACCAGAGAUCCAUCCAAGGAGCCUCAAUCCCUCAAGGAUUGCUUCAAAUACCUCGAGUUGACCAGUCGAAGUUUUAGUUCGGUUAUCCAAGAAUUGAACCCAGAAUUGCUUGUGCCAGUCGCCCUUUUCUAUCUGGUUCUUCGAGGAUUGGAUACUAUUGAAGAUGAUAUGACCAUCCCAUUAGGGAAGAAAGAACCCUUGUUAAGAGCUUUUGACAGCAUUAUUGAGGAGGAUGGAUGGUCAUUCAACGAGAACGGGCCAAAUGAAAAGGAUCGAGAACUCUUGGUUCACUUUGACUGUGUCAUCACUGAAUUCAAGAAGUGCAAACCAGCAUAUCAAGUCAUUAUCAAGGAUAUUACCAAAAAGAUGGGUAAUGGAAUGGCCGAUUAUGCGAACAAUGCAGAGCACAACAUCAAUGGUGUUAACACUAUCAAAGAUUACGAAUUAUACUGUCAUUAUGUAGCCGGUCUCGUAGGAGAUGGUUUGACAAGAUUGUUCAUCGAGGCCAAGUUUGCAAACCCAGCGUUGCUUGGCAAGCCAGAAUUGUCCGAAUCCAUGGGCCAAUUCCUUCAAAAGACAAACAUCAUCCGCGAUAUUCGGGAGGAUUUUGAUGACAAGAGACGUUUCUGGCCCAAGGAGAUCUGGUCGAAGCAUGUCGACAAGUUUGACGACCUUUUUGACCCCAAAAAUAGACAAAUCGCUUUGAAUUGCAGUUCAGAAAUGGUCUUGAAUUCUCUCCGCCAUGCCGAUGAAUGCUUGUUCUACAUGGCAGGCAUUAAAGACCAGAGUGUCUUCAAUUUUGUUGCUAUCCCACAAGCCAUGGCAAUCGCAACCUUAGAGCUUGUUUUCCAGAAUCCUGCUAUUUUUGAGAAGAAUGUCAAGAUCACAAAGGGUGAUGCUUGCCAAUUGAUGAUGGAGUCCUCACAGAAUUUGCGUACUGUUUGUGAUAUCUUCCAGAGAUAUGCAAGAAAGAUAAAUAAAAAGAACUCGCCUAAGGACCCUAACUUCCUCAAGAUUAGCAUUGCAUGCGGCAAGAUCGAACAAUUCAUUGAAUCUAUAUUCCCAACCCAAAAUCCUCAGGCGAUCGCUUUACAACAAGCUGGUGAAACAUCUGCAGCACAAAAGAAAUCAGCAGCCGAGGAAGCAGAGGCCAAGAAAGAUGUCUUCUACCUCAUGUUGGCAGUAUUCGGAACCCUAAUAUUCGUCUCUGGACUUAUGAUUGGAGCAGCAUGGCUUGCAGGAGCUCGAUUCGACGUCGCUUUGAACGAAAUCAGAAAAGGAAACUACGCACCUAAAGAUCAAGGUAUUCCAGAAGUGCAAAACACUGCACCUGCAUUUGAUCAUGCGGAACUCUAAUUCUUUACUUCUUUUGCGAUACCUCUUUUUAACUCAUAUAAAACUUCUACUCUUUCAUUGUACCCGAGAUUCGUUAAUUGAUGUACCAUAACUUUGGGUCACGAUGCUGAUGGAAAUAAUGGGAUGUGUAUUAACGACUAUUUCAUCUAUUCUUUUCGAAUUUUCUGAGCGUUAAUGUGUAAUUUGAUAUAAAAAAUGGGGUUUCUACCGCUGUGGAAUGUUCAAUAACUCUGAACUGUCGUGUGGAAGCUUCAGACGAGCAAUACAACAAAAACAAUAAGAAUGAGAUCGUCCACUCCCUGGGGGAAGGAAUCUCGCUGUGGUGCUUACUAUCAUGUUUUAUUUCUUUUCAUCUAUUCUGUCUAGUUUUGUCAAGUAGCCAAUUUAAUUCAACAAUUUUAACAGGUACGAACA